AUGGAAGAGGAGGUAGUUGUCAGGGAGGAGGAAGAUCUGGUAGUUGUCAUGAAGAGGAAGGUUAGUCAAGGUACCGUGAGAGGCAACAACAUGUUUAGCCGCAUGUACUCCAGGAAAGGACUUCAGCAGUCUUCGUCGCCGGCCAUUAUGUUUGAUCUGGUAGUUCAGCAGAUGAAGUCGUCGACCAUUGUUUCGACUUUUGAUCAAGUGGUGGAGUCGGAGUCAAUGGUCCAGCCUAUGGUCAUACAUUAUACUGACCCGGAUACGACAUUCCAUGAUGUGAUGCACAUUGCUUUCCAAAUCACUGUUGCUGUUGAAGAGAGUAUCAGGACAUCUCCGACUACGAUACCUGUCGAGGCAACUGAUGCUGCUCAACAUCUCCGACUACUGUAG